AAUCGAUGCAUUUUCUAGUCUAUUUUUCGAUAUUCUUCACGAUUUUAGGCGCUCAGCUUGUGGAGUCAAGCAAGUGCUCCGAUUGUAUUGCUUCGGGGAAACACUGGUGUGUAACAGUUAACGAAUGCGGAUUCUCCCCAUGUUUAACAUCAAUUUCUAAAGCACUAAACUGCCCGGAACUACCUGAUAAAGCACACGCGUAUGAUGAUACAUUUGUGAGAACAAAAAUUUUAUUGACAACUGCUGCCGCAUUCAAUAAUAAUCCACAGAAAUGUUUCAAAAACUCAAUGCCAACAAUGACACUAUCCAAAACUUUUAGUGUAAAUUGCUCAGAAGUUGGGCCACAAACCGAUUGUUUCGGUUUCACAUCAUUCGAUACAACACAAAAAGUCGUUGUCAUGUCGUUUCGGGGAACUCAAGGAGCCACACAGUUGACUGAAGAGAUUUUGGACUUUUUUACGGGUAAAAAGCCAUUUUUCAAUGAUGCCGGACACAUUUUCACCUACUUCUACGAUGCAUUCUUUUUCCUCUGGAAUGGAGGUCUUCAACAAGAAAUUCGUCGACUAAAAUACCAAUAUCCAGAGUAUGAAUUAUGGGUUACUGGGCACUCACUUGGUGGAGCAAUUGCAUCGAUUGCAGCUUCUUAUGUUGUCCAUUCAGGACUUUAUACUGGUGAUCAAGUGAAACUUGUUACGAUGGGACAACCGCGAACCGGCGAUUAUGAUUAUGCUGUUUGGCAUGAUAAGACUUUUCCGUAUUCAUUCCGAAUUGUUCAUCAUAGGGAUAUUGUUCCACACAUUCCUCCGCAAUAUGGAAAGGAUGAGCUUUUCCAUCACAGAACAGAAGUUUGGUACAACAACAACAUGUCAAGCACAGACCCAUAUCUUAUUUGUGCGGAAGCAGAUGGCCUCUACUGUAGUAAUCGACAAUUGGACUCUUAUCCACCGGAUCACUUAACCUAUUUUGAUAUUAAUAUGCCUGAUUGGGGAUCACAGGGUUGCCCGAAAAUGUAAUUAUGAACUGAAUGAAAUGUAUUUAUAAAUUAGUUUUUAUUGGG